UGCGUCGCCAGUUACACAAAGCAGGUUGGGUGUUGCUUCCAUUUCCACAGAGCACCUGAUGGCCUCAUCAGGGAGAACGGGUACCAUGGCAACGUUGGAGCAGCUCGUCAGUCGCUUGAACCAAAAAAGAUGUCAAGCAAUAACCUCCCGCCGCUACAACAUUUGCCACACUGGACCAGGGUCGGACACCUCGGGAAAGUGCGCUCUCCGCGGCGUUUACCGGAGAACCAACGUCCAACCCCGCAGCCGCUGCCUCCUGUCCCGCUACCGGACAGAGGAGUGGGGGCGGCGGCUGUGAGGAGUCGGACGCCCCGUCCCGUGGGCGCGGACCCCCGCGUCGCCUCGUUUCAGAAGAACAUCCAGUUCCUCCAGCAGCAGCACAGGGACACCCUGGAGAAGCUCCACGCCGAGAUAGACCAUCUCAGGAGGGAGAAUAAAGAGCUGAACUACAAACUGAUUAUGGAGCAUCCCAAGUCCAGUAGGAAAGGACUGACACACAGCCAAGGAGCCAUUAGACCACCCACUCAGGGCAGUGAAGCCCACACAGGUCUCUACCUGGAAGAGCCACUCCAGGACACACGACCCCUAGAGGACCAGACCUUUAGAAGCUUUGGGGAUGCCAGUGAGGCUCUGGGCUCAGCCCGGCAGGACCAUGGCACAGACAUGAGGGGUCGCCUCAUCACUUCCUUGCAACCUCUGCGGAUCCAAAGCAGUCCGUCCCAGCCGCCGCGCCCCCCCACCCUGCAGGAGUGCGAGGUCAUCAUCCGGCAGCUUUACAACGCCAACAGUCUGCAGUCUCAGGAAAUCAUGCGCGUGAAGGCGCUGCUGCGGGAUAUUGUUUUGAGCAAGAAAAUCACCCCCGAAAACUACAUCCUGACCAAGGCCUACCUCGUUGAUGGAACUCGCAAAUUCGUAGAGGAAAAGAAAUUCCCCAAACUUGGUCUUCACUCCUUUCCAGAGAAAACGUUUGGACCCUCUCAGUCUGGGGUUGUUCUUCCAGCACUCAAGCAGAGUCUCAGCUCCAACAUCGCUGACCGACAGAGGCGUGCUCGCGCCCUGCAGAGGGAACGCCUCAAAAGGACUUUUCGUUGACACGAUCAAAGCCACCACAGCUUUCAAUGGUCCCAGAAACCUUUGUCACGAAUAAAUCUUCUGUAAUGGUU